AUGACAACUACGCCGCCACAGGAAACGCUAAUCACCCAGCCGCUUGAUUCUUACUUUUUGAACAAGCAAGAAACCGAGCAAGAAUCAUUUCUUGCCAAAUAUCCGACCUACGAUGGCCGUGGUAUCCUUAUUGCUAUUCUGGAUACCGGCGUGACUACAACCGGUGAAAGAAAAAUGGUCGACGUUAUUGAUUGCUCCGGAGCCGGAGAUGUCGAUACGUCAACGGUGCGUUCCGUGAAGGACGGAUGCAUUGAAGGACUUACCGGACGAUCUCUGAAAAUUCCGGAGACAUUCAAGUGUCCUACCGGAAAGUAUCAUGUCGGCGUUAAGCCAAUCUAUGAGCUCUACACGGUUGGCUUGAAAGGACGAGUUGCCGGUGAGAAGAAAAACGAUGAUUUUGUGCCGUCGCACAACCUCGCGAUUGCCGACGCCCUCAAAUGUCUUACGGAGCACGAGAAGGAAGUUGGAGGGAGCAGCGAAAAAAUUCAAGACAAAUGGGCUCGCGAGGAGCAUGCCUCGAAAAUUGAUUUUUUGAAAUCGGUGGCGAAUGAGACCGAUGUGGGGCCCGUCGCUGAUGUCAUCACGUGGCACGACGGAGAUAUUUGGAGAGUGUGUGUCGAUACCUCAUUCCGAGGACGUUUGAACUUGUGCAAAGUUCUCGGACCAUUCCGCGAAACUGGAGACUAUGCGUACUUGACGGACAAAGAUUCUCUGGUUUAUACUGUUCGUGUGAGCGUCGAUGGAAAUGUCACCGAAAUCGCGGUGCCGUGCGGUGCUCACGGAUCUCAUGUCGCCGGAAUCGCUGCCGCCAAUUAUCCCAACAAUCCGCAGAAAAACGGAUUGGCGCCGGGCGCUCGAAUUGUGUCUUUGAUUAUCGGCGAUCAUCGCCUCGGAUCAAUGGAAACGGGUCAAGCCAUGACAAGAGCUUUCAAUUAUUGCGCUGAGCUUGGUGUAGAUGUGAUUAAUAUGUCUUACGGAGAAGGCGUUCAUUUUGAGGACGCUGGACGGGUCAUUGAAGAAGCUCGUCGUCUCGUCGAUCGCCGAAAAGUGAUUUACGUGAGCUCCGCCGGAAAUUCGGGUCCCGCCUUGUCGACGGUUGGUGCACCGGGAAGCACCACCACCGGAAUCAUUGGAGUUGGAGCGUAUCUGACCGCGGAGACCGCUGACACUCUCUACGGGGUUUUCCAUCCGUGCGAGAGCAACAUCUAUCCGUGGAGCUCACGCGGACCUCGACUUGACGGCGCGCUUGGUGUUUCGAUUUGCGCUCCUGCGGCCGCUUACGCGAAUGUACCGCAAUAUUGCCGUCAAAGCAUGCAAAUGAUGAAUGGAACGAGUAUGAGCUCGCCGAACGCCGCCGGAAAUGUUGCGUGCCUCUUGUCCGGAUUGCGACAAGAAGGUCUCGACUGGACUCCGUUCACUGUGAAAUUGGCGUUGGAAAAUUCGGCGAAGAAGCUGCACAACAGUGAGCCGUUUUCAAUGGGUCAAGGAAUGCUCAAACUCAAUUCCGCUUUCAAUUAUAUCACAGAAGUAUUAAAGAAGAAAAUCUUCCCCGAAAAAUUGACUCAUUUUGAAAUCAAAUGUAAUCAUUGGAACAAAGUUUCGAAAGGCAUUUAUAUUCGCGAGCCGAACCUUCACGAACCACAAGAGUACUCGGUGACAAUUGAGCCAAUCUUCCUCAAUCAUCAAACCAGCGAUAAUCAACAUUCUAUCACAUUUGAGCAACAAUACAUUUUGCGAUGCGAAGAGCCGUGGGUUUCGCACCCGGAAACCUUCUUCGCCGUUUCGCAGUCUUCCGUGAUCGCUGUGACUGUCGAUGCUUCUGCCGCACGAAAAAGCCUCAAUUAUGCCGAGAUUGUUGCCAUCGAUGCAGCGAAUCCGCACAUCGGACCGGUGUUCCGAAUUCCGAUCACACUUAUCAUCCCCGAAAAAGUUGAUGAUCCAUUAAAGGGAUAUUCAUCUCAAUUGAUUGGAAAAUCUGGAGUGCCCGAGCGUCGAUUUGUCGCGAUUCCAGAAUAUGCAACGAGCGCCAAGAUCACCAUUCUCGCUGAUAAUUCGGACCAAUUGGACAAGUUCGUCCUUCACACUGUCUUUUUGGAAGACGAGAAAUCGGCGCGAAACACCGAAUGCAACAAAUUUUUCAUGCCAGUAGCCAAAAAGUUUUCGAAAUGUAUUCCAGUAAAAGGAGGAAAAACACUAGAGACAGUCGUUGUUCGGCAAUGGAAUAGAGGCGAGAAAGCGAUCGAUGCGACACUUAAAAUCGAGUUCUUCGGAAUUCAGAGGCCAUCAUCAUUGGUCUUGCAACAUGGAAGCAUGUGUGAAGCGUUCCGUAUGACAGCUUCGCCGAUAAGCUCAAUCAAAAUCAAUCCAACAAUCACAUUUUCGUCGGUUGCUAACACCCUCAAGCCACAAUCAGCAAAAAUCGAGCCGCUUGGUCCACGAGAUGUUUUCCUGACAUCCGGCAUGCAAAUUCAUCGGGCAUUCCUUACCUAUAAGCUCAGCGUUCAAAAACCGUGCGAGGUAUCUUUGGAACUACCGGGAUUGAGCUCAUAUCUCUACGAGUCGCCCGUCGAUUGCAUUCUUCUUCAAAUUUUCGGCCAGAACAAAUCGUUCAUUGGAAUGACAUCGAGCUUCACCGGACGCAAGAAGCACAUGCUUUCUAAAGGAGACUACAUUAUUCAAGCUCAAAUCCGACAUCCUGAUGAGCAGAUGUUGGAGAAGUUCAAGGAUCUCCAAUUGAUUGUCCAUUCGAAACUUGCUUCAAAAAUAACGCUGAGUGUUUCGCGAUCGGCAAAAGGCGCAAUCAGCGGUGAUGACGCGAAAUGGGAUGGCUAUGGAUUAUUGCCGCGUCAGGAGCUCACUCUUUACGUUGGAAGUCUUGCUGAUGACAAGCUUCCUAAGCACAUUACUUUGACAAAUGGUACUUCACUUCGCGGUAGCUUCAGUCCGUUUAAAGACACGGAAAUUGCCGAAGUCGACAAGACUCCGGUAUUCUAUCACAUCGCCGAAUUCAACCCAAAACCUUCCAAAGGAUUGUCGAUGGUGACAACUAAGAAAGAGAAGACUGAGGGAAUGGAGUUGAUGGAGGCGGUAAGAGAUUUGGAAGUCCAGUGGGUUGGAAAACUCAAAAAUGAAAAGGAUGCCGAACUUCUUUUCACUAAUACGAUUGCCAAACAUCCCGAUCAUCUUCCAUUGAUUUGUGCUCGAAUGAAGCAGACGAUGCAGAAUAAGCUUGAAGAUGUGACGGAGACUUUUGCUGCUCAGACAAUCCGCAUGGCGGAUCGCAUUUUGGAAAUCACGAAGCCCGCCGAAGUUUUGCAAUUUAUGUCGAUGAAGCAGGAGCAUGCUGAUGAUUUGCUCACCGUUGAGAAAUGGAUCGCGUUGACUGGAGCUGACGAGUCGCAAAGAAAGGAGGUGACAGCGACGAUUGGUCAAUUCGAGGAGCGCAAGAAUUCGAUCAUUUUUGCCCUUCAGACACUUGCUUCGUUCGAACUUGAUUUGAAGCUCAGAAAGUCGAAGGAAAACAUUCCGAUGAAUAUUCGUUAUGGAGCCCUCACCCCAAUUAUUUUUGGAUGCAAAUCACCAUUGAAUAUGAAGAAAAAGUCGGAGAGCUUUGAGAAAUUGAAGGCGCAUGCUGAGAAGAUUGAUGCGGUUGUUGAGGAAACUCUUAAAGAAGUUGACCCGAAGUGGACGGGAAACCAGUUUUAUAUCAAAUUGUUGGCAUGGCUUGCUGCUGAUGAUACAAAGGCUGCUGUUGUUUCGGCGAAGCAUGCUGCCGCUCUGGGACACUUUGGAAGAUGCGCGAAGCUUCUGAACAAAGUCUCCGACGAGGCGAAGGCUGGCGGUAGCGACACAAAAGUUUUGGAUGCCACUCUUGCCGAGCUAUGCGAUGAACUCGGUUGGACUCAUCUUUCAUCACACUUCCGCAAUGUCAUGCUCGUCAAGAAUCCGCCAAAUUUCAGACCAUUCUAA